AUGGCAAGCCUUCAAUACACCACCUACGACGUCUUUACGGACAAGAAGUUCACGGGCAACCCCUUGGCUGUCUGCGAAGUCCCCGAGGACGUCACGCUGACUGGGGAGCAAAAACAAACCAUCGCCAUCGAAUUCAACUACUCGGAAACCACUUUUUUGCACCCAUGCUCGAAUGCCGACGCAGAGAUACCAGAAUGGCCUCUGGAUAUCUUUACAGUAAAGACCGAACUGCCAUUUGCCGGCCACCCCACCAUUGGAACCGCGUGUCAUGUCUUGAGCAAGACUGGAAAGACGCAGGGCAGAUUCAAGGUCAAGGCCGGCAUCAUUGAACUCGAGUACAAAGACGGAGUAGCCAAAGCAUCCAUUCCUCACAACACCCACAUCCACACUUCGACCGACUUGACCGCCGAGGCAAUGUUGAACUGGCAAAGCGGCCUCAAACCCUUCUACCCCACCACCUCCGACCUACCUCUCGCAGCCGUGUCCCCAGUCAAAGGCAUGAACUUUGCAGUCAUCCAACUGCGAUCGCUCAAAGAACUCGCCGCUGUAACUCUACCAGGCACAGAGUUGAACUUUUCCCUCGACUCCUCCUGGUCCGUAGGCCCUUGCUUCAGCAAAUUCUACGUCAAGAUGCCUGAUCAGGGCGAUGGUGUGCAGCGUCUGCGCACUCGCAUGAUCGAAGGCAGUUUUGAAGAUCCGGCGACGGGGAGUGCUUGUUGUGGUUUGGCUGCUUAUUUGGUGUUGAUGGACAAGGUGCAGGAUGACACGGUCAAGUUUGAGAUUCUGCAGGCCGUGGAGAUUGGGAGACCCAGUGAGAUUGGCGUCGAGGUCGUGGUUAAGGACGGUGAAAUCAAGACGGUGGUGCUUUCUGGAAAAUCGGUUGGUGUUAUGGAGGGUAAGAUCUUUCAUGAGUAG